GGAAGGAGAUAGACAAAGAAAACCAGCGACUUCUCCUCGAGUCCCGUUCCCUGGCGACAAAAGCCACUGUUAUUCUUGCACCAGUUUCUGGCCCGCACCGCUACGACCGCUGAGCUGGAACUGAAGUAUAGGGUUAGCGCUACCUGGAAGUCAGUAUAACGAAAUACAUGUCACGACCAUUGACGGUGCCCUGGACCCUUCCUCAUCAGUCGUUCUCACUUAUCGGUGUCAAAUCUCUCAGUUUACCGGGGAGAAUUGGGACAAUGUGGAGCUUGCAGUGACAACAGCUGAGCCCCAUGUUCCUUCAGUAGGACUACCUGAGCCGAAGAAGAUGGAGAUAAGGCAACAAGGGUUCCUGUGGCAGCCUGACUCCUAUCAUCAACCGUUGGUCAGGCCGAUCGGGCCCCGAGUUACUCCAUUCUGGAACACCCCAGGACAUGCUUCACCAUUUGGAAAUAUUCUGUCCUCAACACAACAAGCCGCGCAAAGCAUAUUUGGAAGCACUCAGAGUGUUCCUCACCAAGCAGACCCCAGCCAGGACUCGACCGGGGUCGCACAGGGACCUGCAGCAGACAACGUCUUCGGAGCUUUCCAGGAGCAACCUGCCACCACAACUACAGGUCUAUUUGGAGCUUUACUGAGACAACCCACUGCCACAACUCAAGGUCUCUUUGCAUCUGCUCCAGCGCAAUCAAGUACACUGGCAUCUUCCUCGACGAUUCUGCCAUCAUCGCCACAUCCAUCCACUGCGCAGAACUCAAGUGUGUCAAGUUUUGGCGGGAGUACCGCUAUAGAGAACACUCUUGGCUUCAACGAACCAACACCAAACUUGCGGCAAUCUCAGCCACUGUUCGCUUCAGCACAGCCAUCCCCGUCACAGCACCAAAGAGAACGCGUAGUAUUAGGAGAGCUCGACAAAGCUAUUACUCACACAGCGACCUCAAAAGUGUUCAUUCCAAGUCGUGGAAAUGGGGGGACCCAUCACGUUCUUAUAGCAACCAUCCCAUUGAAAGCGUCAUUUACAAGAGUCGCAAGUACCGAGCGUUGAUAACCGCGUCUUUUGGACUUGCGAGAUUUCGAACACCAGCAACUAUGUAUUGACUCCGGGCACUA